CAAUGAACUACAUGAAAUCUGUCUUGUAUGAUGCUGUCACCAAUGAUGACAAUAAUGCCCUCGCCGCGAUGCAGGCAUCCGAUCUAGAGGAUCAACGGACACCAACAAACAGUACUAUUCUUCAUCUGGCAUGCCAGUACGGGAGUAUAAACUGUGUCCAACAUAUAUUAAUGAACCAUAGUUCACUACUUUUAAAGACCAAUUCAAGAGGCGAGACCGCGCUUCACCUUGCAGCGAAACAAGGGCAGCUUGACGUGGUUCAAGAACUCGUUAGUACAGCUACAGCAUCGAUGACAGUGCAGAAUCUGAUGAGAAGUGCUGAUGAGGAUCUUGAAACCGCCUUGCACGGGGCUGUACGAUACAAUCGCAGGGCUGUUGUGGAACUUCUGGUAGUAACAGAUCCAAGCUAUCCACAUCCUCAGAAUAAGUACAAGGAAACUCCACUAUACUUGGCUUCUAUUAGGUACUAUACUGAUAUAAUUACUACCAUUCUCGUCAAUUGUAAUUGGCCAAACAUUAUAAGUGGUAGUGCCGGUGGGGGGACAGAUUUGCAUGCCAUAUGUGGUGGUCCGGAAGGAAGAACAGCUUUGCAUGCUGUAGUAUUGGAUUAUAGGAAUCACGGGGGACAUGAAUGCGUGCAACGUCUUUUGGAUUGGAAUAUAGGUCUAUUAAAGGAAGUAGAUGAUUAUGGUUGGACGGUAUUUCAUUAUGCGGCACAUAACGAUCUUCAUACAAUAGUGGAACUAAUAAUUGGACUUCUAGUUGCUGAUGAAGACAAAUAUGUGGCGUACCAUAAAGACAAGAUGUAUGGAAGAACACCUUUACACAUAGCAGCAUACACUGGAAAUGUGGAUGUCAUGAAGACAUUUGUCAAACAUUUUCCAGAUUGUUGGGAGAUUACAGAUGGAAGUGGUCGAAAUAUAUUGCAUAUCGCGGUGGAGGAAGAUCGAAAGGGUGUUAUUGAUUAUAUCUUGUCCCGUGGUUUUCAAGCAAGCAAUAACCUUUUAACUAAAAGGGACAAUAGCGGCAAUACACCACUCCACCUACCAAGCUGGGAAUUUUUGUUUAUAGGCUGA